UUUUUUAUCCACUUUCUCCUCCCUUCCUUCUUUCCCCCACCUCUCUCACCCCAUUUUCUCUCUCCCACCAUGCCCCCGCCCAACUGCCUUCCCAUCAAGAGAACCACUACCCAGAAGGAGAUCCUCUUCGACCUCGGAGGCGCUGCCGUCUCUGAACUCGAUAUCCCUACCUCUUCCCUCUUCGAUCACCGUCUUCUCUCCAUGCUCUCUCCCAGAAACAUUCGAAGGCAUUCCGAUGAGUUUCCUUGGUCAUCUCACUACCUCCGUGCUUGCUGCCUCUGCCAACGCCGCCUCCUCGCCGGCCGAGAUAUUUACAUGUACAAGGGAGAAAGCGCUUUUUGCAGUGCAGAGUGCCGGCAACAGCAGAUGAAUCAAGACGAGGCUAAGGAAAAAUGUUUGACGGCGUCGAAGAAAGGAUCGACGGCCGUCGCAUCAGCUCCGACCGCCGUAGCAAAAGUGUCUGCUAUGAAUGGUGAGACUGUAGCCGCCGUGUAGCCGCCGUAUAUCACUUCAGAUUGAAAAGUAGGCGCCACCGCUUCAGCUUUUCUAUCAACGCAUAUUAAUAUAAAACUAUAUUUAGAUAUAAUAUGUUGGAGUCUUAGAUAUAAUUUUGGAGCUGCUGUAUGUGAAUAUUUCCUCUAAUUCAAAUAUAUGGUUUAAAUGUAAUGUUAAAUAUGUUCAAAUUUGACAAAUCACUUAAAACCUUAUAUCAUAUCAAAAUAAAUCCGUUUAAUCUUCAUUUUCACUC